AACCCAUGCUAUUGCCCAAUAUAAAUUCACAACCAAGUUUUGGGUUUUGGAAGUCGAAAACUCAACAACAAAAAAAACCAAAAAGAAGGAAGAUCAGAAGCUCAUAAACAUGCCUUGCCUUUAUAUCUCCACCAACGUCAACCUUGACGGAGUCGACGCUGAUUCCAUCUUUUCCGAAGCCACCAAAGCCAUCUCUGCCAUUACUGGAAAGCCCGAAAAUUUUGUGAUGGUGGUACUUAAGGGAUCGGUGCCCAUAUCGUUCGGGAAGAGUACCACUAUACCGGCAUCAUAUGGCGAGUUAGUAGCAAUGGGUGGCAUUACCACGACCGUGAAGAGGCAGCUGAUCGCCACUCUCGGCACGAUUUUUGAGUCCAAGCUUUCGAUCCCAAAAACCCGAUUUUUUCUUAAAGUUGUUGAUUUAAGUACUCCUACAGGAUCUAAACUGUAAAAUGAAAAUACCUGAUGUUGUUCUUCAACAAAAUAAGGGAUGAUAAAUCCGAUCUAUUGUUUUUAUGCACGGUGUGAACUUGUGAUGCAAAAAAUCAACAACUGAAUAGUAGCAAUUCCAAAUAGUGAAGUUCUUUAUCUAGUCCAA